UGGGGGAAACAUGGAGAAAGUGUUCUCAUUGGGGACACAUGUUUAUGGGAAAGUAUUAGAAUUAGAAAAAAGAUUUUAGGGGCAAUUAAUGAUUUUAAUAAAGAGGAGAGAAUGGAAAAUGGAUCCAGACAUAAUUGGUGAUGAGGAUGACAACUAUAACUCAUCUUCAUCUGAUAGGGAAUCAUCUGACUAGUGACUACAAGUCAUCAUGAAGAACAAGAGCAUUUAAAUGAGGCACAGAAAAAGAAUUAGCAAGAACAGGAAUUUAAGGGAUGGGCUUCAUGUGCAUUAUAUAAGCCAUGGGGAAGAUUUUGUGCUAAUUCACACUUUUGGACAAGGUAAUUGAAGAUUCAGCUGACUGAAAGAUAUUUCAAGGAAUUUGUUGACAAUUAAUACAGAUCUUUCUUUUGUCUGAAUGUGAGCACUUCUUUCCUACUACAAUGAAGACUGUGUUUGCUCUGCUGGCAGUGGCUGUGGCUUGUUGUACAGGUAAGUUGUCGAUCAUUGGAGGUUAUGAAUGUUCAAAACACUCCCAGCCCUGGCAAGUCCACCUUACCAAGAAUGGGAAAUCCUGGUGUGGAGCAUCUGUGAUUAAUGAAAGAUGGCUUGUUUCUGCUGCUCACUGCUACGUUACAGCUUCUCGUCUUACUGUCCAUCUGGGAGAGCACAAUAUCGACAUUGAAGAAGGCACAGAGCAGCGGAUCGGGGCAGAGAAAGUGAUUCCUCACCCGGACUAUAAUGAUAAAAUGCUUAACAACGAUUUCAUGCUGAUCAAGCUGAAAGAGCCUGCCAUCUUCAACGAUUAUGUGCAGCCAAUCCCUCUAGCAACCAGUUGCUCUUCUGCGGGGGAUCAGUGCUUGGUUUCUGGAUGGGGCAAUCAGAACACCACUGGAGUUUCCUUUCCUUCUACGCUGCAGUGUCUGAAUUUGCCUGUACUGUCAAGGGCACAGUGUGAGGGUGCGUAUGGAUUGAUAAUAACUGAAAACAUGUUCUGUGCUGGAUUCAUGAAGGGAGGCAAAGACGCAUGUCAGGGUGAUUCUGGCAGUCCUCUAGUGUGCAAUAAGGAACUUCGAGGAGUUGUUUCCUGGGGUAAUGGCUGUGCUCAACCUGGCUAUCCUGGGGUUUAUGCUGAGGUGUGCCGCUACACUGACUGGGUCAAGUCCACCAUUGCUGCUAACAACUAACUGUUUGUUUAGCCUGGUUUACAGGAAAAAAAUUCUGUCUUAAAUAUCUAAAAUUAAA